AUGUUGUUGAUUUUGUGUUUUAUUUUGUGUGCGCAUGGCGCAGUGGUACCCACAUAUAAAAUGAAUGAUGGUUUUAGAAUGCCAGCUAUAGCCCUGGGUACAUGGCUUGGAAAUAAUACCAAGCCUUCUACCGACAACGUGGAGAAGGCAGUGACUUGGGCGAUAGAGGCGGGCUACACACAUGUAGACACGGCGUGGAUUUACAAAGUAGAACAGCAGGUUGGGCGAGCCCUGAAGAAAUUUAAACGGGAAGAUGUUUUUAUUACAACGAAGUUAUGGAACGACAAGCACGCCCGAUCAUCAGUCAUACCAGCGUUAAGACAAUCAUUAGAGAACCUACAAACUACUUACGUGGAUCUAUAUUUGAUACAUUGGCCUGUGGGACAAUUCCAAAACGGAUCCUAUGACUCGACUGAUUAUUUGGAAACAUGGCGUGGUCUUAUAGAUGCGAAGAACGCAGGUCUCACGAGAUCUAUCGGGGUUUCCAACUUCAACCAGCAGAUGAUUGAUAGGAUCCUGGAGAAUGGACUCGAGAAGCCAGUAGCUUUACAAGUUGAGUUGAAUCUCAACCUCCAACAACCAGCUCUUCUAAAUUAUUGCAAGCAAAAGAACAUAACAGUUAUGGCAUAUACUCCCUUCGGCUCCAUUUUUCCCUCGAAGGCGAAAGAAACCUCUCCUCCACCACGGGUAGAUGAUCCCGCGAUGGUUGCCAUGGCGACGAGAUAUAACAAGACUGUGCCGCAAGUUGUGUUGAGAUAUUUGGUGGAGUUAGGCGUGGUCCCGCUCCCGAAAUCCCUAACAAAGUCUCGCAUCGCACAGAACGUUGACAUAUUUGACUUUUCACUCUCCGAAGAGGAUAAACAGUUACUUAAAAGCUAUGACAAAAACUACAGAACAAUACCUCAAUAUAAAUGGCUGGACCACCCAUUUUAUCCCUUCGAGAGGACAGAAACAAAAUAG